AUGGGCCAUGAAAAACAGGCUGAUUUCUCUCAAAUCCCCAAGCCAAUGACCAACUGCCCAUGGCUGGACUAUCGAAACAGGAACAAAAAAUUCAGAAAAGCCAUGGCUCCUGUUCACCUGCCCUUGUCCUGUUACAAGGUGCCAAAGGAAGCAUUUCCCCCAAGUCCAGAGUGCUGGAGGGUGCAUCCAAGCAGGCCAAAUGCAACACCUUGCCUCCACUUAUAUAAAAAGCCUGAUCUCUUCACACACUGGCGCACCCUCUAUGACCAACGCAAGGAACGGGAGUCAAAAAAGUUGUUUUGGAAAAGAAGAAACCUCCCAAGGUACUUCAAAGACAGUGCGCAAAUACCAAGCCUCCAUGUCUCUAUCAGCAAGUUGACUUUAAAACCUAAGGAGGGACCAGGAUUGUUAGAUCCCACCAAUGACCUCCUGAAGUGGCAAAGAUUAAAGGAACUCACCAAGAGCUUGAACUCUACACAAGAGGAAGAACAAUGCUAUGCCGCCUAUGCUUUAGGGCACCUGGGCAUCAGUAACAAGUUUGUCAUGGAAGCACUGUGGCAGGUGGCUCAAACUGGUUCAGCAAAAGUGAAGAACGAGGCCUAUAAAGCCCUGGCCAUCCUAGGUUGCUUGGAUAAGUCUGUGAUCAAGGCUCUCAGCAAACAGUUGAUGGAACAGAAGGAAAGUCAAAGGUUGGAGACACUGGUGGUGCUACGAGUAGCACUGAACUCCUGGGCUGCUACACCUAAGAGCAAGCGGCCCGAAGUCGGAUAUGAGGAAAAGCUGGUGCUUUUGCUGCAGAAUCUGAUAGACAAGCCACUGAACGAAGAAUCCUUAGAGGCAGCCCUGUGCUUGGGUUUCCUGAGACCCAGCAACAGCAUGGUCCAACAGUUCUUGCUACAAUGUCUGUGCCAAGGGUCCAUGUCCCAGAGGAUGAAGGCACUUAGGAUGCUGGUCAAGAUGAUGAAUGUUCACUCCACUGCUGUCACCAGGGCCAUUCUGGAACAGCUACACUCUAACGUCAUUGACGAUCGCUUGGAAGCCACCCAGAUGCUCAAGACCAUUGGACUGGAAAAGAUCCAGGCACAGGGGCUGGAGGAACUCACAUUUGACCUGCUCAAGAGGAAAAUGCACAGUGAACCUUUCCAAGUAAUGAGGCAGGCUGUGUCUGAAACAGUGGAUGCACUCAAGAUGAAGCCUUUAAUAAUGAAACUAAUGGAGGCGCAACUGAUGAGCCCAGAUGUCAAUGACCGCCAGGAAGCAAUCAUCUCUUUGGGUGCCCUGGGGAUCCGCAACGAGCAGGUGUUCCAUUUGCUGCUGGACAUGCUGGAUGCAGAAGAGACCAAGAGUGUGAAGAAGAGCAUACAAGAAACACUACUUGUUUGGGCCUCAAGAAACCCAUGGAUCCAAAACAAGCUGACCAGCAAGGUUUUCUUUGUGUAUGACGUACCGAAGACUGUGAAGACAGAGCCUACAAGGUUCCGGAAGAAUCCAGAGAGCCCAGAGGAUUUGUGUAUCAUAGACUUUCGACAGGCUAAGCUGAGUCCUUUGUUUAUAGCAAAGGCCUACAACAAGCUAGGGGAAAAGCUAGAGGCGCCUGCCUUCUCAUUCUAUUUCUCCAAACCAAAAAAGCAAAGGCCACCAGCCACAGGACCUUGGGAACCAAAAAUCAGGGAACAACUCCGGAACUUGAUGUUGCCUCAAAAUAGGUGUGUUUCUUGGCUCUAAUUCCAACUCUUUCUUUCAGGAUGGUUUCCUGA